CUCGCAUCUACAUCACACUCUGCGCCGCAAAACUCUGCUGCGCUGCCUGGAACCGCGCUCCUUGUCCACACUAACAUAGCUUACUACGGCGUCUCCAGGCGGAAGGACUGAGGCCGGUCUACCUUUUCCGAGGGCGGCUGCGAGCUGCUUGGUCUGGCCGUUUAGACCUCCUCCUGCUGCGAGUCCCGUCAGAUUCAUCACCCUAACAGGUUUCUUCUUUAUUGAGCAUUCGCCUGUGAAUCCCGGUCCUUGGUUGCAUAUGCGUAGGCGAUCUACCAUCGAGCAGCCGUCAGAUAAGGUUGAAGUCUCUCAGUCAGCGACUGGGCCUCGCAGUCAAGCUCGUCCAGCCACGGACGGUCAGCAAGCACCCGCCAGCAUGUCGGUCGGCGAUCGCGUGCGCGACUUCUUCAAGUCCGACGCGGCGAAGCUCGUCCUCUGCGUGAGCGGAGUGGUGGGCACGCUCAUGAUCUAUGGCGUCAUGCAGGAGCGGAUCAUGCGGCAGCCGUACGGGCCCGACGGCGAGUAUUUCCAGCACUCGCUCUUCAUCGUGCUCUGCAAUCGACUGCUCGCCAUCGCCAUGGCCAUCACCGCGCUCCUGAUCAAGGGCAAAUCCAUGGCUCCCGUCGCGCCGCUCUACUCCUACGCCGCCGUGUCGCUCUCCAAUGUCGUCGCCACGGGCUGCCAGUACGAGGCGCUCAAGUACGUCAGCUUCCCGCUGCAAACCCUCGCCAAGUCCGCCAAGAUGAUCCCCGUUAUGAUCUGGGGCACGGCCAUAAUGCAGAAGGUGUACGGCGUCAAGGACUACGCCGUGGCGCUGCUCGUCACCGCCGGCUGCGCCAUCUUCGUGCUGUACGGGGGCGAGGGCCACCACCACCACAAGCAGGUGGAUUCCACGUUCUGGGGCAUUCUGCUCAUGGUCGGAUACCUGGGGUUUGACGGGUUCACGUCGACGUUCCAGGACAAGCUGUUCAAGGGGUACAAGAUGGACACGUUCAACCAGAUCCUCUACAUCUCCUCCUGGUCCGCGCUGCUCUCCCUCAUCGGGCUGAACGUGAAGAUGGUGGCGGCCAUCCAGUUCGUCACCAAGUACCCCUCCUGCUUUCUGCACAUCUUCCUGCUCUCUGCUUCGGCGUCGACGAGCCAGUUCUUCAUCUCCUACACCAUCCGCACCUUCGGCGCGCUUGUCUUCGCCACCAUCAUGACCACGCGCCAGCUUUUGAGCAUUCUUCUCUCCACAGUCAUCUACGGCCCUCCUCUCACAUCGGGCCAGUUUGGCGGCACGGCCUUGGUGUUCUCGGCUCUGUACUACAAGGCGAUAGCCGGCAAGAAGGCGGAGAGCAAAACCAAGCCAGCAGAUGAGGGGCUGACCUCAGACGGCAUGUCCGAGAAGGCUCUGGAGGCCAAGGAGUCAGACCCGCUGCUGGAUGGGGACGACGGGUCUCAAGGGCAGCAGAUGGGCCAAGUCAGCAUGCAGGGCGGCCAACAAGCAGACUUGAGCAACAAGGUUUAAGGAUGUGCAAGGACGUUGAUGGAAUAUGGUGAUAGUAAUGUGGAAGUUUCGUUGCCACCUAGACCGCAUGACCUGGCUAAGGCAUGAUAUUAUGCCAUAACAGGUUGGAGGGUACAACCUAUUUUGUCACUCGGCUUGCCUGCUAGUCGUGUACAACAUCCUGAUUGUUAAGGCUGACAGCGUCAGGUUUUAGGUGAAAGUGUGAUGGAGAGGCAUUGUUGUUUUACUUUAUCGAUUGUUGCUUGAACAUUUUUAAU